AUGGCGUCUUCUCAGGUGGAGAUUCCACCUCCAUCCCAAAGAUUCGGUUUUAUCCUUAGAGAUCGUAAUCAAACCCCCACCGUUUACAAGAAAGCGCAGGUGAAAGACAACCAUCAACAUUAUCACGAGAUCAGAUCUCCUGUCUCCAACGAGAAUUCACAGAACUUGGUCGAUUCUUGGAUCCAGACUCUUAAUAAAAAGAAUGAUAACAACAAUGGUCUCGCUAGGUCAACAGAGAAACCAAUUGUUCUAAAAUCGCGUGUUCUUGCAUCUUCGGUGAAGGAGAAAUCUGAUGAAGCGAACAGAAACGGAGCGUCUUCUCUUGUACAGAUAUGGGAGGCGAGGCUGAACCGAUCCAGCGGUGGGAAUUCGCCUAGUCAUAACCAAUCGCCGGUUAAUAGUAGCCGGAGCGAUUCAGGAGUCAGUGUUCAAGAUUCCCGUUUUUCAGAACCUCCACCUGUAGAUUCUGAAGCUGAGAUUAGUGAUGUGGAGACUGAAUCUCGACCACAGGGUUCGGUUUCGGAUCCAUGUCGAGUAGCUGACUUGAUUCGGAGGCUCAGCAAGGAAGAGAAGCUAGUCACCGGCGGUGGUGGACUCUCGACUAUCAGAACGCCAAGACCUUGUAUUUCGUCUUGGUCAUCGUCGGAGAAAAGCAGUUUUCCGGUGGUGACAACACCGAGACUCCGUGGACGGCAAGCGUUUACAGAUCUGCUUAUGCAAAUGGAACGCGAUCGCCACCGCGAAUUGGAUUCGCUUCUUCAACGCAACGCCGUUUCUAGGUUUACUCAACGAGGCCGCCUCCAGUCAAUGCUAAGGCUAAGGAAUCUCAAACGCUGUCAAGCGGUUCAAGAUAAAAACCGCUCUAACCCAAAAUCAACUGGACUAAACCGUAUCGGAUCAGGCUCCGCAGUUUUGCAUUUAAGGGAGAGAUUUGCUGAUCAAAACAAGGAGGAGGAUAAUCAUCUUAUUAAUAAGAAAACCGCAGAAGAAACCAAAGUAACCAGUAAUACUCUAGAGGCCUUUUUCAAAGAGCGGUUGAGUCUCCCUAAACAACCCAAGAUAGAGAAAGCAACGUUGCGUAAGGAAGAAGAAACUAUAAAUAGAACAACAGUUGGAUCAAAAAUGAGUUGCCUCCAGCUGCAAGCAACAGUAGAAGUGGAAGAAGUUUGCUAUGACGACGAUUCUGAAAAGAAAGAAGGAGAGAAGACAAGCCCCGCCUUCGUAAAUCAAGAAACUCAAACAGUUCAUGAGAGUAUUGAGAUUAAUCAGUGCCUUGAGCAACAAGAAACGUCUUACUUAAAUGGAUGGGAAGACGAAGAAGAAGAAUAUGAAGAUGAGCAAUCUUACUACUACGGAGAAACUAACAAUGACUGGCUUACCGAAAUAUCUCGGCCGAGAAGUUACUGGGAGGAACUUAGGAAAUCGCGGUACCUAGAAGUAAUGAACACUCGGUCUGAGAAAGAGGACAUACGUAGACUCCUUGAGCGAAGAACGGUGACAGACUUUCUUGAGAGCGGGCUACGAGAUCAGAUCGAUAGGCUCAUGAUAUCCCGUGUGCAGACACAUUCGAAAAAGCAUUCUGAAACAUGGGAAUUGCAAGAAGAAGAAGAGGAAGAACAUAGAAAUGACAUUGUGGAGGAAACAGAAGAAGAGCCAUUAACGGAAUGUGAAGAGCAAGACGAUAGAGAUGAUGACUCAAGCAGAUCGUCUUCUUCACCGAUCUUUGCAUCGUCUCCUACAGGAUCAUGGAGUUGUCAAGACACUGAAGUAACUUCCACUCCUGUAUUGUCUGUUCACAAUCCUCCUUCACCUGAAAUGGAGCUGAUAAGCGAUAUGAGAUCACAGAUCCAACAACUUCAACAAGAGAUGUCGUUACUACGAGAUUCUCUCAAAACGUGUUUGGAUGCUAACGCCAGCUUGCAACAGUCGGUUCACCGAGAAAACCCAAUGAAACGCAAAUGCUGCGUCUGCGACGAAACGCAGGUCGAGGCGGUUUUGUACAGGUGCGGACAUAUGUGCACGUGCUUGAAAUGUGCCAAUGAACUACACUGGAGUGGAGGGAAAUGCCCAGUUUGCAGAGCUCAGAUUAUGGACGUUGUUCGUGUCUUCUUCGAUACAAGAAACUGA